AUGUCUGAGGCAGACUCGUCUCGUGGGAAAUGCGCGCACAUCCCCCUAAACCCCGUUCCCCGCCAGCAACACGUGGUCCACUCCGAGACCAAGCUCGACAGCCAGUACAACAUUGACGUAUUUGGCAAGUACCGUGGGUCGUCGAAGGUGAUGGUGCUGCCCAAGACCACCGAGCAGGUGUCCCAGGUUCUCGCGCACUGCAACAAGCGGCGCAUCAGUGUGGUCACGCAAGGCGGAAACAGCGGCACAGGGGGCGGGGCAAUUGCCGAGCGCGACGAAGUGCUGCUGUGCAUGCGGGACAUGAACAAGGUGCGAGACAUUGAUGAGGUUUCGGGCGUGGUGGUGGCCGAGGCCGGGUGCGUGCUGGACGACCUGGAUCGCCACAUGCAGCAGCUCGGGUACAUUGUGCCGGUGGACCUGGGGUCGCGCAAUAAGUGCAUGAUUGGCGGCAACGUCAGCACCAGUGCCGGCGGACUGCGGUACCUGCGCUACGGCAGCAUGCACGGUACGGUGCUGGGGCUGGAAGUCGUGCUGCCCGAUGGGCGGGUCCUGGACCUGCUGUUUACGCUCAAGAAGGAUGCGUCCGGGUACGACCUGAAGCAGCUGUUCAUUGGUGCGGAGGGCACGCUGGGCGUGGUCACCGCCGUCGCCAUUGCCCUGGCGCCCAAGCCUGCGUCCUCGCAGCUGGUGGUUCUGGGACUGACUGAUUUCUGCAAGAUCCAGCGCGCCUUUGUGCUCGCCAGGCAGAGCCUCGGCGAAAUCAUCUCGGCAUUCGAGUUCUGGGAGAAGCGCUGCAACGAGCUGGUGGUCGAGUACGAGCACUACGAGAGCCCGCUGGAGACCGCCCACGAGUUCUGCGUGCUCAUCGAGACGCGUGGCUCCUACAUGCAGCACGACGUCGAAAAGAUGGAUGCGUUUUUGGACAAGCUGCGCGAGGAGCGCCUGAUUGACGACUCCAAGGUGUUCAGAGACGCCGACGAGAUGGAGCGCGUCUGGGUGUUCCGCCAGCAGAUGGCCACUGCCCACGGCAAGAGCGGGUGCAUGCAUGUCUACGACUUCAGCCUUCCGUCCAAGCACCAGCACGACCUGCUGGUCGCUGUCAAAGAGCAUCUGACUGCCGAGGGCAUCUACGGUCAAGCUGAUUCGCCUGUCAAGGACGUUACGAUAUUUGGCCACAUCGGCGACGACAACAUUCAUCUCCAGGUCAUUGCUAAGGAGUUUGGGGGCAUUGUUGAGGAGGUCAUGGAGCCGUGGGUGUACGAGUGGGUGGGCAGCAGGCAGGGGUCGGUGGCCGCCGAGCACGGGCUUGGAAAGCACAAGGGCGAGUUCCUGAAGUACUCCAAGUCGGCCACAACCAUCAAGCAGCAGUUCGACCCAAACAACAUCAUGAAUCCCGACAAGCACAUCUCGAGGGCAUGA